AUGGGCAAUACAAGCAAUAUAUUAUGUGAAUUAUUUUGCAAACAUUUGAAUGAUGCUAACAAACACUCCAUAUCGAAUAAGUUAAUUAAUGAAGAAUUCAUUUCAACAUUCAAUUUAUCAACACAACUAAUCACUGAUUACAAUCAAAUGCAACAAGCUACAAUGUUCAAUUCCUUGUGUCAAUCAUUAUUAUCGAUAAAUUUCAUGGAUUUGAAUCAGAUGAAUUCAGAAACUUUGAAUAAAUUUUUAAAUUUUUUACAAACCACUCAAUCAUCGUUUACUUGUUUAAAUGAUAAGCCAUGUAUUCAACUUUUAUUGUAUUAUAUUAAUACAAUUCAAAUGUAUCAAGAUUAUUUGAACAAAACUAUGAAUAAUAACUACAAUAAUAGUUGUAAUUUAGAACAAGCUGAAGAUUUACGUGUUGCUGUGAACAAGGAGGAUCUUACUUCUCUGUCAAAUGAAUUAUUAGGAUUGUCAUCAUCAUCAUCAUCAUCAUCGUCAUCCUCAUCCUCAUCACCUACAUCAUUGCUUUCAGUGCCAUCAAUGAAAUCCUCUUCAAAAUUAGAUUGUGAAUAUUCGAAAAAAUCAAAUAUCAUGGAUUUUCAAAACAAUCUAAGCGGAUUUGAAUCGCAUUCAGUAAAAAUGAAUUUAAUUGAUGAAAUCAAAUAUCCUUCGAUUAAUUUCACAUUAAUGAAUUCAUUUCCAUUGACUCAUUAUCAUACAAUGGAUUAUUGUCUACAACAAAACUCAAAAAAUGCUCAACUCACUUCGAAUCAUAUUCCUACAUUUGAUGAAUUAUCUUAUAAUACAAGUUCACAAAGCACAACAAUGAACAGUAACCAUUAUAAUACGUCUAAUCAUGAGUAUAUUCAGAAUUUGCAUGAAUUUAACAAAUGUCAAAAUGUGAAUUGCACAAACAGUAAUCAAACUGAUGAUUUUCAAAUUUCAAAAUGUCCGAAUGACAAAACUUUCAUAAAUAUGAUGCAUAAUAAAAUUGCAUCUAAUAAAUGCAUGAGAUCAUCUAAAUGCUCAUCUACAGAUUAUAAACUUCCGUCGGCAUCAAUUCAUUGUUACACAAAUCUAAGGCAAGAUAAUAAUAACUUAGAUAUUCUUGUAUCUUCAGAUUCUUCUUCUGCUACAAGUUCAUCACUAUUGUCUUCAUGUUUCUCCCUUUCACCAUGUUUAUCAUCAUCCUCGUCAUCCUCGUCAUCAUCUGCAGCUUCAUCGCCGACAAGUUUAUUUCCAAUGCAUAACAAACUAUUCAAUUUAAAAUCUCGUUCUUUUUCACCGAAACAAUCUCCUUUUAAAUUAUCACAAUUUUUAUACUAUCUACUCAAUAAAUCUGAAUAUAAUCCACAUUUAAUUUGUUGGGUAGACAAAUCACAAAAUAUGUUUAAAUUAGUCAAUAGUGCCGCAGUCGCUCAUUUAUGGGGCUUGCACAAGCACAAACCAAAUAUGAAUUAUGAAACAAUGGGAAGAGCUCUUAGGUACUAUUAUGCACAGAAUAUUUUACGAAAAGUUAAAGGACAACGUUUAGUCUAUCAGUUCUUGGAGGACUUUCAUAAACCUCGACAUCCUUCUACUAUGUCUUCUGAAUUAAUGACAACCACAGUCACAACUACCACUAAAUCAAUAACAAAGAUGAUACCAACGUCCAAAACAAUAACAAACAAAACCACCUCAAUGAUACUACAAUGCCCAGAAGGAAAUUCACAAACUGGAACAAUUGCACUUAAUUAG